AUGGGUAUCUGCUACUUGCGGCCGUACCCUGUACUCUGGGCAACGGCCGAGCCAAGCCAAGCCAAGUCAAGCCAAGUCAACCUUCGCAAACACCGUCGGCUCGUGUCUUAUUUUUCCUUCCUCCACCCUCGCCGCUCAACAUCACACCCUCGACACAAGUCCUGCAUUUGCCGCGAAUCGAUCCUCCCACGCUGCUGCCCUGCCGCGCCCAAUGUUUUCCUCAUGUCCAGCCCGAGUUCCCAGCCCGAAAAUGCCAUACCCCCUGCACCCCUAGGUCAAGAGGCUCAACCCGCCGUCGGCGCUGUUCCAGAUCCAAGUUUGACUGUGCUGGUGCCAGCGUUGAGCAGUGCAGAUGAGGUGUCCGGCCAGACCCCGGUCUUUUCCCAAGUCAUCCAGUCUUCCUCCCGGACACCGCCCAUCCGUGCCAGGGAUGCAGACCAAGCCUCAUUCAAGGACGAUAUAAAGUCUCGCCGCCCCAGCCAGCAUGGUCCAAGGCAGCCUGGCACUUCACUCUUGACACAAGCCCUGGCAUCUGCUCGUGGUAUCCCUCAAGGUCAGAAGCAGAGCAGCAAUAACAACACUCCAAGUCAUAAUACCCCCUCCACUCACGACAACAGCGACAGUAGCAGUGCUAGCGGCGGCGGCAGUGGCCCGUCAUCUAGAUCCCAGUUAAACGUUCAUCUCCCUCCCCCCGAUCGCGAAACGGAGUCUACCACCUCGCAUACCCACACCGCAGGUCGCCCAACGCCUACGAAGCAUGGAGAGCACCAAGCCUCCGUAGGUCGCCAUCCUUCCCUGUCCUCUUCAGCCAUGGCCACACCGGUCAUGGUUCCGGUAGCCUCUGUUGCGAUACCAACCCGAGACUCUACCUCUAUUCCACGCCAGUUCAACCCUUCCAAUCUGUCCCAAGCCAGAGAGAUGCUCAUGGAGCACCGAGAUUUCCUCGAUAGAGCUAGGGGCCGUGCCUCUACCUCUCUCGACCUCGACCGCUCGACGACCGAUAUACUCAAAUCUCGAGCCUUCUCCCUUUCUGCGAGUCCUGAAGAGGCCGCCAGGCCGUCUUACCUGUCCAAUGACCCACUCCAAUUGCCUCCCACCAAAACACUCAAUAACUCAGCUUUGAGUGUCGGUUCCCGGUUGUCGCACCGGUCAUCUCUGGAAAGUAAAGUGACGGUCAGCCCUGAGAAGACUGGAAAGAUCUGGUCUAUUGGUUCAGGAGGCGGUGACGAGGAGGAUGGCUUGGUUGAAAAGUCAGUUGCCGAGGCUAUGGCUGGAGUCGAACCCAACGCCCGAAGCCGCAAAGCGAGUUACAGCCUACGAUUUUUUAAAGAAGGCCUUCCACCUGAGGACAAGCCGAGACGGAGGGACACCAAGACAACACCUCGCGAUAAAUUAUCGCCAACUUGGGAGGAAGGCGUGCAGGAUGACUCAACAACAGUCCCGGUGACCCCGCCUGGCCAUCGCAACGAAGAGCUAUCUACAGCCCAGAGUAUGCGUGGUGGUACCGAUUGGUUUACCGGCGACUACUUCAACUUAGAGUCCACCGAUGCCGCCGCCCAAGUUGACAAGACUACCGAGGCACUCCGUUCGAGAUCGCGGCCAGAGGGUCAUGAGGCACCACCUAAGCCGAUAUCGCCACCUAAGGAAGUGGGGCCGACUCCGGCUUCACAACCCGACGUUGUAGAGGGGCAACGGAGGUCAGCUGUUGACGAACAGAAGGGUGAACGCCCGUCUAGCAGCGGUAUUGUCGGUCCCAGCUCCCAAGCCCGCGAUAGACAUGAUGGUACUGGCCACGACGCCAAUGUCGAUGCCGAUGCCGAUGCUGAAGAUGCUGAUGAGUCUGGCGAGGAGAAAAUCUCGUCCGCCAUCUUCCUGCCCCACCAGGAGAUACCAGAUAACCGAAGCGCUGCACCAGAAUUGUCUGAAUCAACCCAAGUACAACGACCAAGAUCCAUUUCACACAGUAGCGCUCAUCCGUGGCUCGUGAAGGCUGAUGAACCUGAACCUGAACCUGAACUGCAUGGCAAGGGGGAGACAAUUGCCGCUACCGACAAUUUCCGAUCCGAACAUCGUGACAACCAUGUUUCGCCCGGCCUUGCGUUUCCGGAAAAGUCCACCGAGGCUGCCAGUGUAGUUGAACCUAUUUUGAAGAGCCAGAAGGCUCCAAAGCCCCAACCCACUGUGACACAUUACGAUGAUCAUGUCCAUCACCACCAACACCACCCUCGCCAACCACUUGAAGCCAUUGAGCUAAUCCCUUACAAGCAUCAAGUGGGUGGUCAUACAACGAUUUGGCGCUUUUCCCGCAGAGCAGUAUGUGUUUUGAAUGUGACUUUUCAAAAGCAACCACGACGGAAAAGCACGGUCAGGAAAGAUGAAACAUACUUGUCCGGACGCAAGAAAGCUCUAGACGAUAAUAAUGACACAGAAAAAGUGCUGAAUGGGACUGAUCAUCUGGCUACCGACGUGCCCGGAAACGAAUCGACUGAUGCAGCGCCCACGAGGAUUAUCAGCCAGUCGCUGGCAAAUACCGCUUUGCAGAUUCCUACAGUCACAUUCGAUGACAACAAGCAUAUUUUGCCAAGAAAUCUGCUGCAGCCGACCCCGCCACCAGAGUUUUUUCGACGUCGCAGUACCUCGUCUACGAAGAUAUAUCAGAGUGUAUCCAAGCCUCAGACGCCGCGGCCUCAUAUGGAGGAGCGGCCUAACAGCUGGGGAGCAACGACAAUAAACAAACGCCUUCGGAACGAGGUCUUCAACGACGCGUUUUUGAAACAGCCAGUUGAAGUCCAAAAACACCGCCGCCCACACCAGCGUGCAGUACCCCGACCUACGAUGCAGCGGCUUCUCAGACCCACAACUUCUGACCCAAAUCUUGGUGCGUCUGACAAGCAAAUUGAGCUCGAACAAAGGCCUCCCAUCAAGGUUCAGCCACCUUCGCCGCAUAUUCGUCACAAUGGACAUGCCCAGAGCGAACUUGGUGCCGAAACUGCAUCUCCUCCUGGACAACCAGAAGAUGUGGCUGCUCCUACCAAGGACCUUACUGGAACUAGUGCCCCAGAACCCGAGAUUUUAAAAGCAACCCUCGCCACAGGUAGGAGAAGACGAAGGUACUCAGCAGGCGGGCUUAGACGGCGACCGGAAGAUGUUCGGGAGUCCCGGGGCGAUCUCAAGUACUUCGAGGAAGCUGAUGACGCAGAGUAUAAAACCGACAACGAACGGCUAGCUGCCGGAAUAUCUACAAAAGACACCGAGGCCAACGCCACUGGCCAUCAAGCCGUGUACGACGACGCACCAGUCCACGGUCCGGCCCUCAUUUCACCGCUAGAUUUGACUCACUCUGCAGUGCCGUCUUCUGUACCGUCUGCUCUUCCAAGUCCUACAGUUGAAUUCAAGAAAAUUCCCCGACCUAUCAACCCGAAAGAAGCCAAAACUCGUGGAGAUCGUGUAGAAUAUUUUCUCUUGAUGGAAGAUUUGACUGCUGGCAUGAGGCGACCGUGUAUGAUGGACCUCAAAAUGGGCACGCGCCAAUAUGGCGUAGAUGCAACUCCGAAAAAGCAAAAGUCGCAACAGGAGAAGUGCCGCGCAACUACCUCUGCUGAGCUGGGUGUGCGUAUUUGUGGCCUUCAGGUCUGGAAUGCCAAGACGCAGUCGUAUGAAUUCCAAGACAAGUACUUUGGCAGGAAGUUGAAGGCCGGGCCAGAGUUUCAAAAUGCCCUGCAGAAAUUCCUCUACAAUGGGGUCGACUUGGAUAGCGUCCUCCGCCACAUCCCCGUUAUUUUGAAGAAGCUUGCUCAACUCGAGCAAAUCAUUCAUGGCCUCAGGGGCUACCGAUUUUAUGCUGCCAGCCUGCUUAUGUUUUAUGACGGCGACACAUCUGAGGAGGGAGGCUACGAAACAAUGUACGACUCAACAACGGAUGUCGCGACAGAUACCGAAGAAAUCACUCGUCGGGGACGGAGGAAUCCCCGAGAAAUCGACUUCAAGAUGGCCGACUUUGCCAACAGCCUAACGCCCCUGGAUGAUAUACGGGACAAGGCCUGUCCCCCGCAGCAUCCAGAUGAGCCAGAUUCGGGCUUCUUGAAGGGGCUGAGGAGCCUCCGACAGUACUUUAUGCAAAUUCAAGCGGAUGUUCGGGCAGAACUGGACUUGGGGCCUCGCAAUGGUCGUGGAAAAAGUCAAUGGCUGUCUGGUCCGAUGGACGAUUUGCAGCUCGAUUUUGAAGACGAUUUGGACUCUGGUUCACUUAGUCUUUGA